UAAAUACUAACAACAGUUACUCGGGGCCAGCAGCCCGUCUCACUAGGAUUGCACAAUAAACACAGGUCGCCUCGCCUGUCGUUUAUUGAUUCCCUCGGACCGGUUUCCAUUCGCCAGCUGCCCGUCACUGGAGUCCGGGGAGAGAACCAGAGAGCGCUGGGAUAUCUAACCAAUUGCGGUAUUUUUUUUGCACAAUUCGGGCUCUAACCAACAUGGCCCCUUCGGCUCGACCCAGCGUAAACGAACUGGAUACGGAGGAGGAGGAGGAGGAGGAUUACUACGGGAUACAGAGAGGAGACCGAAAGACGAGGAAGCCAUUAGUGGAGAAGAAGAGGCGUGCUCGCAUCAAUGAGAGUCUGCAGGAGCUUCGGAACCUGCUGGCGGACGCGGACUUUCAGUCCAAGAUGGAGAACGCAGAGGUGCUGGAGAUGACAGUGAAAAAGGUUGAGGACAUUCUGCAGAACCGAACGCAAGAGACCGACACGCUGAACCGGGAGGCCAGCGAACGGUUCGCCGCCGGGUACAUCCAGUGCAUGCACGAGGUGCACAUGUUCGUGUCAAACUGCCCCGGCAUCGACGCGACGGUGGCGGCCGAGCUGCUCAACCAUCUGCUGGAGUGCAUGCCCCUGAACGAGGACCACUUCACGGACGUGCUCAUGGAUUUAAUCACAGACACGACCACUACCACGACCACCAAAAUCACUGCUACUACUACUGGUGGUGGUCACAACGGCAGCACUUGGCAGAACGCGGGCGACGCGCUCUGCGCCAGCCUCGCCUCGCCCGGGGGAAGGAGUAUAUCCAGCAUGGCCCUCUCCCCGGCCCCCUCCAGUGCGUCCAGUGAGGACCUGUGCUCGGACUUGUGCUCGGACCUGGACGACACGGACAGCGAGCACAACCAGAGCUCCGAGGGGCAGGGGCUGGAUCCCCGCGAGGCCACCAGCACACCCACCGGCAUGCCCCCCACCGUCCUCUACUCUCAGUCCAUGUGGAGGCCGUGGUAGGGGAGAGAGGGGGACACAGUGGGGGUCCCCGUGGCACUGGGCCCUCAGUGUGGGACGUUUGUGUGCCAAUAGGCCCUGCUCGUAUCGUUGUGAGUUAUUAAGACCGUACACCUGACAACAAGGCUGAGAAUUUCUUGUUUCACCCUUCAGACCGGAGAUUCACUUACCGCUACAGACGUGGACCAGGGAAUAAAAAGAAGAACCGGAAGGGCAGCCCAUCUUUGUAUAUAAUGGAGUGUAUAAUAAAGGACGCGUGUGAGGACCAAGCUCUUUAGAUACCGACACGUUCGGCCCUUUUCUGCGAUUAAUAUAAUUAUUUUUGUUGUAUUAUUCCAAAUGUAGUCCUGUGUCAUGAGGCAUGUAGUUUGAUUUUGGGGAUAGCCUCCGUCGGAAUAAGUGGAUGAUGUAAUGAUGUUUAGAAAGCUUUUGCUAUAAUUCCAUGUUUGAAUCUCAUAAAUAAAAUAAUAAAUAAGUA